AUGAAAGUUUUUGUUUACGGGGCACUGCAAAGAGGUCAGCCGAACUCACAUCUAUUUGACAACACAAAGGACGGUCAUUACAAGUACUUGGGUGUUGGAAUAACUGUUAAAAAGUAUCCUCUUGUGAUAGCCUCGAGGUUCAAUAUACCGUUUAUGUUGCACGUUGAGGAUAGCGGCAAUAGAAUAAAAGGCGAGGUAUAUGACGUAAACGAGCCAGUGUUGGACGCCCUGGAUGAACUAGAAGGUCAUCCAAACUUCUACCGCCGCGAGGUGAUCCCAGUGACUUGUGAGGAUGGUUCUACUCUGGAAUGUGGCUGCUACUUUCUGUUAAACUUCCGGAAGGAUCUGUUGGAACUGCCCUUCCACGACUCUUACCAUUACAAAGGGUCACAUAACUUGACAUUUUCUAUGCCUAGUGCAAAGGAAGGCGAGAACGAACUCGAAGAGAGGCGCAGUUUUCUCUCCUCUGUUAUAAAUAUUUAA